UUGCUCGUUGGAUUUUUCUCUUUUUAUUCAAAUCAACUUUUUGGGGGGUGGACUUGUCCUGCAAGUCCUUUUUAAAACUACCAGUAAACCUCCGCCACCCCAGAAAACUGCCCCUCGUCACUUUAAUCCCAAACUAAACUAAACAAUGGCAAUCACAUGCUUACACUUUGGAUGGGGCAACAAGAACGGCCUUUCUCCGAAGACUGUAACCGCCCCAAGAAAAAAUAUGAUGGAGGGUUACAUUGAUUAAGUGGUUAAUUAAUUAUCAUUCCCGCUUAAAUACAUUUUCCUGGUAUAGUCCUAUAUUUUUACUGGUAUAUAACAUGGUCUUAUACCGUGUCGAAAGAGAUUUUCAUACCAGCUGAAAUCGGAUGAAUUUUGACGUCAAGUGUUCAAAGCCAUCAUAUUGUUCUUUGAUUAUAAUAAUGUACAUAACUUUAUUCUUGGACUGGUUAAAUGAACACCUUAUUUUCAUUGUAGAUGAAUUCACAUCUUGUUCCUCUUAAACGAAUGUCUUAGUUAGAAACAAACUUCUUAUUUCCAUGAACUCGCGCUUCGCGGUUGUUUUUAUACUCUUGCAUCUGUCAAACGAAAUCCUAUUUCAUUGUAGUGGGACUAGUGGAACUACCGCCGUAGUUUGAAAUAUUUAAAUAAGUUUAUCAAUCAACAAGGAUAUCAAUAUGAAUGAAUACAAUAUAACCUCAAACACGUCAACUGUGGUCAAACACACGUGUCAACCGCACGAGUUCACGUUCAACGUUCUCAAUCACGUCGCUGGGAUCCUGGCCAUCGUCGGAAUCGUCGUGACGACCAUCACUUUACUCACGGUCGCCUGCCAUCGUCGAUUUCGAAAGAAACACUUCAUCUUCGCCUUCAACAUCGUUCUAUCUGAUUUGCUGCUUGAUGCCAUUAUCUUGGUUUACUAUACUUGUACAGAAAUGAGAUGUCGUUUGAGUCGCUAUCAAGCUGUGUUACACGUCCUCUUCCAAGCUUCAAAUCUGGUAUCCACAGCUCACGUUUUACUCGUGGCUGUCGAUCAGUUCAUUGCCUUCAAAGUCGAUCCGUUCGGCGCUAGGAACAUCCUCACAAAUUCCCGUCGAAUCAUCAUUUGCCUCACGACAUGGAUGAUCAUGAUCGCCGUAGGCCUAUCUGCCUGGUUCCUUCACCACACCUUUAAAGACGACGUGAGAUUUUACACGUGCAACUCUUUAUUGCUUUUCACCGGACUUUGCUAUAUCUUGAUAUACAGAACGAUAGCCAGAUCACCUCCUGGAUCAAACAACACUCAACUGCAAGAACGCAGGAAGAGAAUGGAACGGGUUCUACAGAACUACACUCUUAUUUUGUCGACAGAUCUGCUGCUCUUCACAUUACCCGAUAUCGUGAAUUUCGUGAAUGAAUAUUAUAUCGGACAUAAACACGGGUACACUUUGUGCUUUCAUCAAGCAUGGAUUAUCGCACAGACGUUGAACACGAUAACAAAUUCUUUCAUUUAUUGGUGGCGCGUGAAAGAGUUCAACGCCUUUUUGACUCACUGCAAAAAGGUUGGUGUUAUGUCUAAUAGCAACAUAACUGUUAUAUCCAAUACAACCAAGUGUUAACAGAGAAAUCCACCAGGGGUGCUACAAUGGACAAGCGAGAGACUAAUUUUUUUAGUAGUGAAAAAAGUAAUAAAAGAAGGAGAAAAGGGAACUUCGAAAGAAGAAAGAAGAGUAUAUGCUAACGAAAGGUCAAAUGUUGUGAUUUGAAUUUUUGGUAAAAAAAAUAUAUAUAGAUUUUUUUCAUCAUUGUAGUGAAUAUUGUCAACUAGAGAGCAAAUAUUGCAUCCUGGAUGUUGGAUGCAGAGUAGUAGCAUUGAUAUCAUAACACGUACUGGACAUAUCUAUCUAUGUAUAUAUAUAUCUCUCGUUCUAUCUAUCAUUCUAUCUAUCUAUCCAUCUAUCUAUCAAUCAGUAUUUUCCUCUGUAUGAAUGCGUUAUAUUCUGCUAGAAACAGUAAGCCAUCAUAAAGAGCUCCUAUAGGGGCGAAACAUUGAAAAGUUUGUUGAACGGAGUCUUUGUUUACACUUUCGUCAUUUUGAUAUUAAAAUAAGGCCUAUACAUUAUUCACUAGAUUGAUUGCGCAAUCUUACCAGCCUACGCCUAUGACAUUUCAUCAUAGAUUGUCCUAGAGAAACCGCCACAUCCUUUAAACAACUGUUUAGAUUGGCAAAGUAAAAAAACUAUGUAUUUUGAAGGUUGAUCAGGUUCAAGUUUGUUUGUUUAAAUGUGAUCAAUGUUUCGAUUUCGUGGUUUCAAUUGUUCCGUUUUUGACAGAGAAGACCGAUGAUUAUGAAAACGAUACCUCCACAAAAUCCAUUAUUGUCUGAAGUGAUAGGCCUGUCCAGACAUUCUGGGAUGAAGGCGGCAUACCCUACCCUUUCAAAGAUCCAUUUUACCUCCCCAAACCAUCUUAAAGAAUGUGUUCCUUUUAAAAUACAAAAUAAGAUAGAGUACCCCCUGUUACGGCACAUUUUGGCAAAUUACCAAAAUGUGCCGC